AUGGAGUCCAUCUCGCGCAUUUCCUCGCUUCUUGAGAGCGCCCGAGAGCUCACCCUCGAUGCUGCCUCGGCCGCCGCGUCCCGGGGCUCACGCACCUCCACAAGGCCACCGGACAAGGCGCAAAUAAAGAGGCUUCUGGACAGCCGCAAUGAGAGGGAGGUUCUGGAUGGACUACGAAAGGUCAUCGCGAUGAUGUACCGGUCGCAAAAUAUUCUUCAGUUCUUCUCUUCCGUGGUAAAAAAUGUCGCAUCCCCGAACCUGGAGAUCAAGAAGCUGGUCUACAUCUACCUCCUUCACCAUGCCGAACAAGAGCCGGACCUGGCAUUGUUGUCCAUCAACACGAUCCAAAAGUCACUGUCGGACGGCAACCCGCAGGUCAGAGCGCUCGCUCUACGCACAAUGUCAGGCAUCCGCGUCCCCGUGAUCAGCCAAAUCGUCUCCCUGGCUAUCAAGAAAGGGGUCGGUGACAUGAGCCCGUAUGUGCGCCGGGCUGCCGCCCUAGCGAUUCCGAAAUGUCAUCGUCUCGAUCCCACUCAGCUGCCACAGCUCCUUGAAUAUCUCACCACUCUGCUCGGUGAUAAGCAGUACUACGUUGCAGGUGCUGCAGUCACUGCCUUCCUGGAGGUCUGCCCAGACCGGCUGGAUCUGAUACAUAAACAUUACAGAGCCCUAGUACGAAAAGUCGUAGACAUGGACGAAUGGUCACAGCUUUCGACUUUACGGUUGAUGACGGUCUAUGGGAGGAAAUGUUUCCCGAGGCGGACGCGCACAGUAAAGAUCAAAACCGUCAAGAACCAUACUCCGGAUCUACAGGACUUCUACGGGGAAGGGGACGGAACUAACAGUCCAGAUAAGGAAGGUACAGACGGCGAAAAGGUUGUCAUACUUGAUCCGGACCUUGAGUUAUUUCUUAAUAGCAUCAAGCCGUUAUUACACAGCCGCAACUCGGCUGUAAUUGUCUCCGUAGCGCGGAGUUUCAUUGCGCUAGGGACAGACUCACACAUCAGCUCCGCGAUCGGCCCCUUGAUCGCCCUCCUCCGUGGGCCACAGGACACCCAGCAGGCCGCCCUUUACAGCAUUGUAUCCGUGUGCCUAUCUCGACCGGCCGAAUUUGCGCGUUAUGCGACGCACUGUCUCGUGCGCGGCACCGACACACCGGAAGUGUGGGAGCUUAAGCUGGAGGUGCUUACGCUCAUCUUUCCGCACGCCACCCCUCACGUUAAGUCGUUGAUCCUGUCGGAACUGGAACAUUUUUCCCGAGGAGGCUUUGGCUCACAGCAGGACAGGGAGCUCAUGCGCGCUGCCGUGCGAGCCAUCGGACGUUGUGCACAGGCAGACGCGGCAGCAUCUCGCCGGUGUUUACGACUUUUACUUGGGCAAAUCACGAGUUUGGAUGGUACACUUGCCGCCGAGAGCUUAACUGUCAUACGGCAUCUGAUCCAGCGUGAUCCAAGCUCUCACCUCUCCACCGUAGUCAGGCUGGCGAGAAAUCUCGACUCUGCCACUGACCCAUUAGCGCGCGCAACUAUCGUCUGGCUGGUUGGUGAGUUUGCUGGUAUCAACGAUGGCGACAACGUUGCGGCCGAUGUUUUGCGUAUUCUACUCAAGGAUUUCGCAAAUGAGGCCGAGGUCACCAAGCGACAGAUCCUGCUGUUAGCUGCCAAGGUCCACUUGCACCGUCUUAACAGAACUGCUGGGAAUGACUCUGCCAAAAAGGAGCAAAAGCCAUUAGUAUCAGGUGAACCCCUGGAGACCGAAGGAUGGGGAGCUCCUGAUGAGUCGGAGGCGCAGUCACCCAAGGAGCCAGAGGAGGCUCAUCCAACCGCAAUUCUAUGGGAUUAUACACUAGUAUUAGUCCGGUACGACACAUCCUACGACCUCCGCGACCGCGCGAGGAUGUACAGGGCCCUGCUUGGAGUGCCCCAGCUGGCGACACUGAUGCUACUCGCACCAAAGCCGGCGCCACAGGCACCAAGCCCGUCAGAAGUACGUAAGGGGUACACUCUCGGAUCGGCAGCGCUCGUGCUCGCUAGGGGCGGCGGAGUUCAUGGCCUCAGAGGUUACGAGCCGUUGCCCGACUGGGUCGAGGAUGGCAAGGAACCGGAUCCGAUGCUGCGCGAGGGAGAUGGGGCGGUCAAGAGUACAUAUGGCGAGACGCGAUCAGUACCGGCUGCUGAGAGUCUUGACAGCGCUGUCGGGUCGUCAAUGCCAACCUCGAAGGCCGUCAAGGCUUCUAAUGGAAUGGGCGAAAAGUCACUGGAUGACUGGCUCGCCGAGAGUGAACAUGAAGAGGAAGAAGACGAUGAUAGUGGUGAGAGUGAGGAGGAGAGCUCCGAUGAAGAGGAGGAAGAGGAAGAGGAGGACGACGAGGAUGAUUCGGAUGAGGAAGAAAGUAACGACGAUCAGGGGGAAGGAGAUAGACUUGUUGGUCGGUCUUAG